CGGCGGAGCGACUCGCCUCGGCGCUGUCUCGGCCCUCGCGCGGAGGAGGGAUCCAGUCCCUCCGGGCUUGUUGCUUCGGCGCGGAGAGCCGCUGGAUCCGCGAAGGAGGGAGCCGGUGGCCGAGGAUGCGGCUGUGAUCCUGGCGGCAGGCAGGAGCCGGUGAAAGGGAGCCAAGAAUUCAAAGAAGGGAGGCGUCCAGGAGCAAGCGGACAAAAUGUCUCUCAAAAAAGAAGGUGCACACAAGAAAUGGGCUGCCUUGAAGGAGAAACUGGGACCUCAGGACUCCGAUCAGACAGAGGCCAACCUGGAAAAUGCAGAGCCGGAACUUUGCAUCCGCCUUCUGCAAAUCCCUUCCGUGGUGAACUACUCGGGGCUCAAAAAGAGGCUGGAGAGCAGCGACGAUGGCUGGAUGGUCCAAUUUCUGGAGCUCUGUGGGCUGGAUCUGCUCCUAGAAGCCCUGGACAGACUCUCCGGCCGGGGGGUCUCCAGAAUUUCCGAUGCCUUGCUUCAGCUGACGUGCAUCAACUGCGUGCGAGCAGUCAUGAAUUCGCAGAAGGGCAUCGAAUACAUCGUGAGCAACGAAGGCUACGUCAGGAAACUUUCCCAAGCACUCGACACCUCGAACGUCAUGGUCAAGAAGCAAGUUUUUGAACUCCUGGCUGCACUGUGCAUUUAUUCUGCUGAGGGACACGCCCUGGCUUUGGACGCCCUGGACCAUUUCAAGAGUGUGAAAAACCAGCAGUAUCGGUUCAGCGUCAUCAUGAACGAGCUCUCGGCCACAGACAAUGUGCCCUACAUGAUCACGCUGCUCAGUGCCAUCAACGCAGUCAUUUUGGGAACGGAAGAGCUGCGAGCGAGGACGCAGCUGCGGAACGAGUUCAUUGGUCUCCAGUUGUUGGAUUUGUUAACUAAGCUGCGAGACAUCGAGGAUGCAGACCUAUUUAUCCAAUGUGAGACCUUUGAGGAGGCCAAAUCUGAGGAUGAUGAGGAGCUGUUGAAGAUAUGUGAUGGGAUUGACAUGAGCAAUCAUCACGAGGUUUUCUCUUGUCUGUUCAACAAAGUGAGCCGCUUCCCAGUCUCUGUCCAACUGCUGUCUAUUCUCCAGAGCCUCUUGCAUCUUGAACCCUCUCAUCGCUCCAGCCUUUUGUUGUGGGAAUCUUUGGAAAUCUUAGUAAACAGAGCUAUCUUGCUUGCCAGUGACAGUAAGAUUUGUUUUAUUCAUUUAAAAUAUUUCUUGGCCAGCAUUCAGCGUGGAACACCCCCCUCCCUACAAGUUACAUAUGACAGUAGAACUUACAUAAUAAAAACCUCAAAAUAAGGGACAGGAGUGAUCAUACUUUAAUAAACACUGGCAACUUACACCAAUGUAAUGCAAACCCUGUGAAACACAAUUGCAGCUACAACACAGUCAGAUAACCAGUCUUUUCAGCACAGUGUAAUCGAUGGUACAGGGCAUACCAAAAUACUGACUCAGUGGGUUCACACGAUACAAUAACCCAUACCUAGGACUGAGUAUGGGGCAUCACGGAGCCAGACCCUGUUGCUGAAACAGCUGAGAUAACAAACCAUGGUGAACAAUCAGCCCAGCAAUAAACCAUGAGUUCUCUGGAUGGGUCCUCAUGGUUAACAAGCCAUGGCUUGGAAGCACAGCCAGGUUCAGACAACGAGGUAACUCACAUUUCAACAGCAACCCACAUUCAACCCAGACACAACCCUAGAGUGUGGAUUCGCACCUGUUAUGAACACAGUCUGUGUUAUACUUAAUCCCAAACAUAUAGGCAUUGGUGUGGCUGAAUUGACAAUGGUGUUUCAGGUAAGUUUAUUUUUAAAAGGAUAUUCAACACAGGAGGAAAUGUCCUGAAAAAUAUCACCCUGUGGUGAUGUUUCCCCACAUACCAUGUUAAACUUCCCAUUAAUCUACUAGAUCCUAUUUUACUUGAGGGGAACAAAGCACCCUUUCCUUCACUCAGCAUUACGAUUUAAGAGCCAAAAGGAUGUGAAGGAAUCUUCUUCCAAGAAAGACAGCCUGGCUUAUUCCAUGCCAUCUCUUACCUCACCUCUGGCUACUUUGCAAGCUGCAGAGCAAGCAACAGAUCCUCUCACAAGGCACACAGGCCCACCAGUGAUGUAAGAGUGAGGGAAAAUACCGGUGCAACAGCUCACGCUUCCUCUGUUUUAUACCCUGACCCUUGCUUCCUCCACAGUGCUUAAAGCGCCACAUGCUUGCACCUGAGGAAACUUUUCUGGGUCGAAUCCAUGUGUCUCUCCCAUGGAAUUCCUGCAGAAUGCAACUGCGCACGUUGGACCCUCGUGUCACACGUCGUGAUGGCAAGAAGUGCUGGGUCUUACACAUUGUCAUGUCAACUGGGAGCGCACUUAACAGCCCACUACAAUACCCAUUGUGCACCUUCCUCACAAGGAGCCGCAGAGCUCCUAAAGCAUCUGCCUAUAAUAAUGAAAGAACACGUCUGUCUGUCUGUCCAUCUCUCGGUCCAUCACUGCCCCAGUGUCCGGACUGUGAAGCACCUGAAACUUGGUGUGGAUGCUCAAGGGCAUUGAGGUAUCCACCUCAGAAUUAUUACGUUUUUAAAGUGCAUGAAUAAAUAUCACUGCAUGUCUAGUGCAUCUGUAUGGUUGAAACCUGCAGCAACAUUGUCAGCCACCUGAGGAAAACCUCCACAACUGGUGUGUAUUCUGGCAGUCAGUACAGUUAGAAGA